UAAAAUGAAUGAAGAUACAGCAAGAUUCAAGUGUGUAAAGAAAGGAUGUAACUUUGAUGGGGUCAAAGGUGAAGCUAUUUAUCAUGUGGUCAAAGAACAUGCUCCUAUUCAUACAGUGCCAUUUUAUUGUUCUCUCUGUGGGUACAGAUGUUUCCGUUUACGACAGCUGCAAACUCAUGUUCAAAAAUGGAAAUUUCACCAACGUUUAUCAAGCGGGAGCCAUGAAGAUGAUGUUAAAAGCUUGUGUAUAUCAAGCACCCCAUAUCAAGUCACAUGGGGACCUGUCUAUGAUGGUAAAGUGGACCUCAUAAUAUAUCAGCCAACAGUUAAGAAUAUUGGACUAACAUCGUCAACCACAUAUAGUCAGCCACAGCAACCUAUUAGACAGAACAGAUUUCACGAUAAUCCAGCAACUACCUCUGCCUUUCAGCCGUCUUUCUCAUCAUCAUCAUCGGGUAAAGUCCAUAUCCAAGGAGUUAUAGCCCAGGCUCAGCAUGCACUGGAUUCAUUGGCUCCGGCAACUGGUGCUGUUGUUCCUUGGACAACAGGUAUGACGGGACAACAACAUUCUAUUCAUCCUCCUCCCAUGCAACCGAGUGUUCAGCCAACAGGUGUAGUAAGCUAUGCCAACCCUUAUCUUCAAUCUGUUAGUACUGCAGGAUUCUAUCCUAGUCAGCAAUUUCUGCAACCAGGAGUAAUGGCAACAACAGGUCUGGGAACUCAGGGUAUACAUACUUAUUCAAAUUCUAAUCUACUUGGUAAAGCAGCUGUAAAUGACCAGUUUACUCAAAGACAAACUGGUUUAGGAGGAAGUGGACAGUUAUCCCCAAAGUCUGGUACCAGUCAGAGAUAUUCGAGAAUAACCAAUCAAACUCAAGAUUAUCAGUCACAUGAUUCUAGUAAAAGAACAUCCAGUUCUAAAUCACAUGACCAUGUAACAGCAAAUAAACAGGAAAGGUCAUAUGAUAGGUCAAGAGGUGAUGGUAAAGACAGGAAAAAUUAUUCAGAAGAGAGAACAGAUCAGCUUAGUAAGGAAAGAAGAGAAAACCACCAUAGUACUAGAGACCAGAAAAAUUAUUUGGACGAAAAGAAGGAUUACAGAAUCAGUGAUGAGAGGGAUAAUUAUCAUGAUGCUAGAGACAGAAGAAAUUAUUCAGUAGAAAUAAAACAAGAAAGGAGAGAAGACAGAUGGGACGAUUAUCAGGAUACUAGAGACAGGAGGAGUUAUUCAAAAGAAUUGAAAGACCAGAGAAACACAGAUAGAAGAGAUGAUUAUUAUGAUGAUGGAGACAUUAAAAGAAAUAUUAGAAAGGUUGAUCAUAAGGACACAAAAAAUCAUUGUCAAUAUGAUAAUGUCAAUGAUUAUAGAGAUUUGAGUAUUGGUGAUCAUAUGGACAACAAAAAUGUCAGCCGAUACGAAAAUAGAGAUAUGGUCAGUGAUUCCAGAGAUUUUAGAAAGGAGGAUCAUAUGGACAACAAAGAUGGCAGUCGACAUGUAGAGAGAUAUGACAUCAGAAAAAUGGAUGCCAGGAGGGACGAUCGACAAAUUGAAAGAUAUGACGUCAGAAAACAAGCUGACAGAAGGGAUGAUCGCCAAAUUGAGAGAAAUGAUAUCAGAAAAUUUGAUGACAGAAAAGAUGAUCGACAAAUUGAAAGAUAUGACAUCAGAAAACUUGAUGACAGAAGAGAUGAUCGACAAGUUGAGCGAUAUGACAUCAGAAAACCGGAUGACAGAAGGAAUGAACGACAAAUUGAGAGAUAUGACAUCAGAAAACAUGAUGACAGAUUGGAUGAUCGACAAAUUGAGAGAUAUGACAUCAGAAAACAUGAUGACAGAAGGGAUGAUCGACAAAUUGACAGAAAAAAUACUCAACAGCAAGGCAGACAUUCUGAUCCUGCUGACAGAAGGAGAGUUAAUCAACUGGAUGAAAGAGACAGAAGAGAUGACAGGAAAGAAACAGCCUGGAGAGAAGACCAUUGGAAAAGUGGAAAUGAUUCUUUAAAAUCUAAGGGAGAUAAUCGAGACAGAAUACAGGAUGAUUCAAGAAAAGCUAGCAGACAAGAUUAUGACAAUAAUGAUAAAAGGAGGAGAGAAGAUGACAGAUCCAGAGACAAAAACUAUAUAGACAACAAGUCAAGCAGAGACAAGCGUCAUACCAACAGCCCAGAAAGGAAGAAAUUAAAGACAAAGGAUAGUGGUAAGGUCUCACAGAAAUCCCAUCGCGAUGAUGAAGACAGUGGUCUAGAUACUGAUUUUAAUGAAUAUUACGAUGAUUUAGAAGAGGAAAUUCCUCAGUGGCUUAGAUGCACACCGUCUGAUGCUCAAUUCAACAGAGAUAGACUGAUGUUCAAAGACACAACUUUAAUCUAUGCCUGCAUCGGAGGAAGAGAUUUACAUGUUGGACUGGAUUGUGAUGAAUUUCAUCUGGUUCCUGGUGCCAUUCUUUCCCAAUUGACAAAUGAGGCAUGUCAAAGAGCUUCUGAAAUCCCAGGUCACAAGACCGUUUACUUCAUUACAGGUAUACCUGACCUUCUGACAACUCUUACAUCACCCGGUUACGAGGAAACUAUAUUUGAAGAUCGUAAUCUGUUUGACACAUUUUAUAGCCAGAUGAGACAAACCGAAGCGGCUUUAAAAAUUCAUAAUUGUCAUGUUGUUUUUGGUACGGUUGCAACAAUGAGUCUAAAAGAUUAUAAUGCAAACAAUAAAAAGCUUCGAAAGACAUACACGCUCAGGUUUGAGAAGAGUUAUGCCGAAAUGCAGGACAGUCUCCAUCGCUUGCUGAAACAGAUUAACCAUACCAUCACCGGUGUCAACACACGACAGAAGUUACUAACGCCAUUUAUUCAUUCCCACCUCUGCAAGCGAGAAAAAAACAAGACCAAGUAUCGAAUGGACAAGUUGCUUGAUGGAUUGAAUCCAUGUGGAACUAUUGUGGAUGGGUGGCGGAACACCUUGAACAGAACUGUCCAGAGAAACAAAAUUAUGAUGACCAAACCGGAAUUUCUAAUGAAGAUGUAAAACAUGGCUGUGUCAUUGGACACUAGACUAAAUUUUUUCACUUUUGCGUAAAUUUUCAAAUAUCUUCAUUAGAUAAUGGACCAAAAAUAGAGAUGAAGACAUAUCAAGCUUUUUUUAUUUGGCAGAUAAAUUAUACACUAAAUUUGAAAUAAGGUACACAUGUAGAGGCAGAAAUCUUAAUAGAGAAAAUUUGCAUUGCUAACUGAAAACUUGGGUUCAUCUUGAAAAGGAUUUGUCCUUUAACUUGUAAAUCUGCUUUGUGGCUUUGUAAUAGAUGGAUCAGAAUAAAUCUACUGAAUUUGAAUGUGGAAGAUAUGGAUACAGAAAGGAGAACUGGAGGUCCUAGAUGUCUUUAAAAUAAACUAUGGAAUUUUUUGGGAAAUUGGUUGUCAUUGAUUCAACUGAACCAGAAUAUGAUAAAACACAUGAAACACAGUUCAAAAAAAUGCCAGAAGUCAGCAUUGAAAACAUAUAGUAAGAUGUUUAAUGAAACUGGACUACAGUAGCAAUAAUAUGAUUUUGAUUUAACAGAGCAAUGGAGAGAUACUUUGUUGUUUGGAAAUUAUUACAUUAGAAACUAUAUUCCCAUGCAGACUGUAGGUAUGUAAAUUGAAAUGUACACAUAAUGGUCUUUAAAGCAGACAGUUCAUAUACCAGUAUUUGAUCACAUAUAUAUUUAAGAAGAGAGAGAGACUCAUCUUGCUGGCAGGUACCCAAUGUUGAUGGUUACUAUUUAUAAAAAUGAAGCUGUUAUGGAUUUUUUGGGAAAUUAGAGUUGAAACCAGAAAGCAAAAUAUUCAUUUGGAACCUGCAGCUGAAAAUUGGAUGAAGAAGGGUUAGAAAUAUGAACUAGAAACAAUCAACUUAAAAUUUUAGAAGUACUUUUGUAACUUUUUAUAGAAGAGCAGUUUCUCCAGAAUCAGACAGUCAAUAUAUUAGGCAUGUUGGACAAAUAUUUACAGCAAUGUAGAUUCAAACACAUGAAUUUCCUAGAUAAAGAGGCAUUUUAACCUAGAAAACUGAAUCCAGUUGGGGAUUUGGUAAGAAGACACUUACCCAUUAAACAAGCUCCAAGCUUUAUAGGGGGAAAUCAUAUAGAGUGGUUUAUAAUUUGAUAUAUAAAACUUGAGUUUUGUCUCAAGCUUCCUAAAAUUUGUAAAUCUGCUUUGUGAUUUUGUAAUAGAUGGAUCGAAACAAAUCUACCACAUUUAAAGUGCCAAAGAAAUGGAUACAAAAACGAGAACUGGAGAUCUUAGAUUAGAAAAAAAAGUAGGGAGACAGUUGGAAAAUUGUCAGAGACAAUAUUUUUGGGGGGAAUUGUAUUCUUGCAUCAAUUCCCCUCCUGCAACCAUGAUAUAGAAAUAGUAGCUGUAAAGUGCCAUAAAUGUUCAGCAACGUGAUGUAACUUACAGUUUGGCAUGCAUUUUUAAGGCAUGAUAUAAAAUUGAAAUCCAAAAGGUAACUUUCAAAUAGUUUGUUUAAUAACAAACUACAACCUUCUGAUACAUCAAAUGAAGAAUUAAGACUUUGUCGAUCCAAUGCUUUAACCUGAUGCAUCGCUGAAUAAUUUAGAGAAUUUCUAUUAGAUGAGAUUUUGGUAAAUACGCAGUAGUCAAAUUAUUACAGAGAAGAUGCAGGUACAGGAUUUGUCAAUUUAAAGGUUCUCUCACAAUUUGCAAUGAUGGAAAAAAUAUUUGAUGGAAGAAGUGACGGAAAAAGUAAUUUGAUGGAAAGACUGAUUGAAAAUGUUAUUUUGAUGGAAAAAGUUAUUUUGAUGGAAAAAGUUGUUUUGAUGGAAAAAGUUAUUUUGAUGAAAAGACUGAUGGAAAAAGUUAUUUUGAUAGAAAGACUGAUGAAAAAAGUUGUUUGAUGUAAACAAUUAUGGAAAAAUUGUUUGAUAGAAAAAGUAGGGGUGAAAGCAAUUUGGUGGAAACUGCGAUGGAAAAAGUUAUUUGAUGGAAACAGUGAUGGAAAAAGUAAUUUAAUGAAAACAAUGAUGGAAAAGUUAUUUGAUAGAAACAAUGAUGGAAAAAGUAAUUUGAUGAAAACAAUGAUGGAAAAGUUAUUUGAUAGAAACAGUGAUGGAAAAGUUAUUUGAUGGAAACAAUGAUGGAAAAAUUGUUUGAUAGAAAAAGUAAUGGAAAAAGUAAUUUGGCGGAAAUCACUAUGGAAAAAGUUAUUUGAUGGAACAGUGGUGGAAAAAGUUAUUUGAUGGAACAGUGGUGGAAAAAGUUAUUUGAUGGAAACAGCAAUGGAAAAAUUUAUUUGAUGGAUACAGCAAUGGAAAAAGUUAUUUGAUGGAAACAGUGAUGGAAAAAGUAAUGUAAUGAAAACAAUAAUGAAAAAUUUAUUUGAUAGAAACAGUGAUGGAAAAGUUAUUUGAUGGAAACAAUGAUGGAAAAAUUGUUUGACUGAAAAAGCAACGGAAAAAUUAUUUGGUAGAAACAAUGACGGAAAAAGUUAUUUUAAUGGAAACAGUGAUCGAAACAAUGAUGGAAAAUGUUUAUUUGAUGGAAACAGUGAUGGAAAAAGUUAUUUGGUGGAAACAAUGAUGAAAAAAUUAAUUUGGUGGAAACAAUGAUGGAAAAAGUUAUUUGAUGGAAACAGUGAUGGAAAAAGUUAAUUUGAAUGAAAACAGUGAUGGGUAAAGUUAUUUUGGUGAAAACAGAGAUGGAAACAGUGAUGGAAAAAGUUAUUUGAUGGAAAGAAUGAUGGAAAAAGUAAUUUGAUGGAAUUAAUGAUGGAAAAUUAUUUGAUGGAAACAGUGAUGGACAAAGUAAAUUUGAAUGAAAACAGUGAUGGGUAAAGUUAUUUUGGUCGAAACAGAGAUGGAAACAGUGAUGGAAAAAGUUUUUGAUGGAAAGAAUGAUGGAAAAAGUAAUUUGAUGGAAUUAAUGAUGGAAAAUUAUUUGAUGGAAACAGUGAUGGAAAAGUCAUUUGAUGGAAACAAUAUUGAAUUUACAGGAACAAAUUAUUUAAUGCAAACAGUGAUGGAUGAACAAACAGAUCCCGAGUUAAUGGAUAAAUUAUACACAAAUGCUUCUAUCAGAAUAUUUCUUUAUUCAAUGAAUAUAUAUGUAUCAAGAAUAUUUUUUUGACGAUUCUAGGGUGCUGUCGGAAUGAAUGUUGUUUAAACUAUUUUCUUUUGCUCUCUUUAAUUAUAACUUCGUGGGAGAAAAAGGUUUCAUUGUUUAUGGAAAAGUCUUCUUUUGCUUAUAUAUGCAUUUGAAUUAUUAUGAGAAGUCAUUAACAGGAGAAUGAGUGUAUUUUUUUUAGUAUUUCUAUCAGUAUAAAUUUAGUUUCUCAUACAGCAUUAGAUAUCUCUUUUUUUUGAUAAAAAACAAUAUCAUUGUUCACAGUUAGAUGUGUCCGUCCGUCCGUGUGUCCGUUCGGUCUUGUUAGCGCUCUCACAGGUACAAUUACUGCCAGAUUUUUAUAAAACUUAUACUAAGGGUUAAUAUCAGCAAUAUCUCAGACAAGUUUUAUAAUGGUGGCCGAUUGUCUUUUUUUAAAAGAGUUAUGCCCCUUGGAAAUAUUAAAUUUAUGGUAAAUGGCCUCGUUAUCGCUCUCGGGUGUACAAUUCUUGCCAGAUUUUUAUAAAACUUAUACUAUAGGUUAAUAUCAUCAAUAUCUCGGACAAGUUUUAUAAUGGUGGACGAACGACUUUUUAUAAAAGAGUUAUGACCCUUGGAAAUAUUAAAUUUAUGGAAAUGGCCUCGUUAGCGCUCUCAUAGGUACAAUUCUUUUUUUUUAAGUUAUUGCCCCUGGAUAGAUAAAAUAUGUGCAACGGGGGGGACAUUGGAACUCUGUUCUUUUAUUUAGAUUUCAAAAUUGGGACAAAGAACAUUUUCCUAUAUGCCAUUCACUUACUGGAAAACUUGUAAUUUCCUCCUGAGUGGAAAGAGGCUAGGGAUCUAGGGGGUUCGAUUUUAAUAUGUGUAAAUAUCUCUAGCAAUAUUUUCAAUAAUUUUUCAUUGAGAAUGAAUUUUUAGGGAAUUUAUGUUAUUUGAAAUUCUCUAUUAUUUUUUCAAGAAUUUUAGAAGGAUGCAAUAGAAGAAUCAUGCUUUAUUAUAUAUUAUCAUGUUGCAAAAUUUACUUUUAUGUCUUCAAAUAUAUUUCUUAUAUAUUCAAGUUUAAUGUAUUUGCAUUUAUUA